AUGGCAUCCUUUAGUCGUUUAGGAAUUGGUUUGAGUUUUCUCUUUGGAUUUGUCCUCUUAGCUUUUGCCUUAGAGCUCUACUAUCUUCUAUGGUGGAAGAAGAGAAGACACGAUAUUGAAAACCAAAACUCUCCUUCUUCUUCUUUUUCCAAAUACACCCCUACUCACAUCUCCUCUUGUUUCAAAAACCCUAAUUCUUCAACAAUCCCUGAAACCCAACAGAAAGAUUUGCAGAAUUCUUCUGAUGAGAGUGAGAAUCAUGAAAAACAACAAGAGCCCACACAAAAAGAUCCGCCAUUGAAGGGUUUCGGUGAAGAAAGCAUCGAUCUUGAACUCAUGAGGCUUCAUAAUUUAUGUGGCCCUCCGAGGUUUCUUUUCACAAUCAAUGAAGAAACCAGUUUGGAUAUGGAAUCAGAAGGUAGAAAGGGUUCAAGAACAGUAAGUUUGAGUGAGCUUCUUCGCACACCAGAUACACCGAUUUCGUCAUCGCCAUUGAAGAAGGCCACACAAGGUCCCAAUUUGGAAGGUUAUAUGAAUCCAUUGUAUGAUUUUGACUCUAAGGAUUUUGAUUUCAACAAGAUUAGAUCUUCACCACCUCCCACGUUCAAAUUCUUGAGAGACGCAGAGGAGAAAUUAUUGAGAAGAUUGAUGGAAUUAGAAUCUGAGAAAAGGGCGAGUUUAAUCAAGAAUCAAGAUACACAAGAGAAUGAGAAAGACAAAGAUGGUAAAUUUGUAAUAUUGGAUGGUAAUAAGGGCAAAAAUGCAGAAGGGAUUCAUCAUCAAAUGUCUACGCCUUCACAGGUACUUCCAUUGGCUUCUUCUCCAUCAAAAAGAGGAUCUGAUAUUUGA